GGCUGAGAAAUUUCAGAAUAAAGGCCAUCCUCGAGGAUUGCCUGCCCAGCUUUGCUUACGGCUCUAGUUCACUGUAACACCUGUUGUGCGACCUCGGGGGAGUUGUUAAAGACCUUAUAAAAACUCUAGGGGCCGGCGCCGUGGCUCACUUGGUUAAUCCUCCGCCUAUGGCGCCGGGUUCUAGUCCUGGUCACUCCUCUUCCAGGCCAGCUCUCUGCUGUGGCCUGGGAGGGCAGUGGAAGAUGGCCCAAGUGCUUGGGCCCUGCACCCCAUGGGAGACCAGGAGGAAGCACCUGGCUCCUGGCUCUGGAUCAGCGCAGCGCCGGCCGUACCGGCCAUUUAAGGGGUGAACCAAAGGAAGGAAGACCUUUCUCUCUGUCUCUCAGUGUCUAUGACUCUACCUGUCAAAUAAAUAAAAAACUAAAAAAAAAAACUAUAAAGUCACCAGUGAGAUGUUAUUAUUAUUUUAAAGAUUUAUUUAUUUAUUUGAAAGUCAGAGUUACACAGGGAAGGAGAGGCAGAGAGAAAAUUCUUUCAUCCGCUGGUUCACUCCCCAUAUGGCCACUAUGGCCGGCGCUGCGCCGAUCCGAAGCCAGGAGCUUCUUCCUGGUCUCCCAUACGGGUGCAGGGGCCGAAGAACUUGGGCCAUCUUCUACUGCUUUCCCAGGCCAUAGCAGAGAGCUGGAUUGGGAGUGGAGCAGCCGGGACUGAACCAGUGCCCAUAUGGAAUGCUGGUGCUGCAGGCGGUGGCUUUACCUGCCAUGCCACAGUGCUGGCCCCGAUCUUACUGUUAUUAAUGUACAACUUUAGAGGGCUGUUGUGAGAAUUAAGUGAGAAAGAUGUGCAAAUUAUUUAGUUUGCUACUUGAUGCAAAACAGAUGUUGAUGGGGUAGAAAUUAUACAAUUGUGUUUUUUUUUUUUUAAUAUGUGUGCCUUUUCAGGCUUUUAUUGUGCCUCAUCCCCUACCCCCAACCCACUUAUGGCAUUCUUUACAUCCUACAAUGGAUGUUAACUCCGUAUAGGGCUGUCUUUCCAUGUGGAUCACCUUACUUAGUCCCUUAAUGUAGGUCAGGGAUUGUAGUUGGCUCCACAAGGUCAUUUCGCCUAAAAUGGAUAUUGUACUUAGGAUAGACUUACACGACUUCUGAUCCCUAACCUGGCUGCUUUCAUUGUGAUGGAGCAAGAAAAAGAACUGUUGGUCUCAGAUUCUAACGGCUUCCUGAAGAGGGAGAGUUUGAAAAGCCCCUUUACAGGAGAUGAAAGUAAGGCUAAUUUGGGAACUGUUCAACAUUGUAAACGUAAGAGAGAUAAAGAGAGAGCUCCAAAAUGGCCUAGGAGACAUUGCCCACAAAAUUCCAAGCAUGAAGAUACGAAAGAAAUAGCAAUGACGUGGUCCCGAGGGGAUGAACACUGGUGCCAUGCUUUCCUGGAGAGUGACGGCAAGGCAGAGAUGUGGGAAGGUUCUGCAGGGCGAGAGGAGGAAGAACCCAGUCACCGCGCAUGGGACCCCGGAGAACACGCCGACGCCUCCGUCCAGCAAAACUCGCCUCUCAGAGACAAGCCCUACAAAUGCUCUGAAUGUUGGAAAAGCUUCCAUAAUAGUUCUCAUUUGCGUGCCCACCAGAGGACCCACUCGGGAGAAAAGCCUUAUAAGUGUUCCGAGUGUGGAAAGUGCUUCUGUAACAGCUCUCACCUGAUCCAGCAUCUAAGAACACACACGGGCGAGAAGCCCUACCGGUGCGGGGCCUGUGGGAAGAGCUUCAGCAACACCUCGCACCUUGUCAUACACGAGCGGACUCACACGGGCGAGAAGCCCUACAAGUGUCCCGAGUGUGGCAAGAGUUUCAGCAGCAGCUCUCACCUGAUCCAGCACCACCGAUCACACACAGGUGAGAAGCCCUACGAGUGCCCUGUGUGUGGCAGAGGCUUCAGCCACAGCUAUGUCCUAAUAGAGCACCAGCGGACCCACACUGGGGAAAAGCCUUUUAAGUGCCCUGACUGUGGGAAGCGUUUUAGUCAGAGUUCCAGCCUGAUCCGCCACCAGCGGACGCACACAGGCGAGAAGCCCUACAGAUGCCUCGAGUGUGGAAAAAGCUUUGGUUGCAAUUCUACGCUCAUAAAGCAUCAGCGAACUCACACCGGCGAGAAGCCCUACCAGUGUUCAGAAUGCGGGAAGAGUUUCAGUCGCAGUUCAAACCUCAUUGCGCACCGGAAGACGCACACGGGAGAGAAAGCCUGUGAAAGUUCCGAAUGCAGAGAGAGUCUGAGUGAGAGCAGCAGCAGUGUGGCAGAAGGGUGCGGGCACCAGCCAGGAGAGAAACCGUAUAAGUGCUGCGAAUGUGGCAAGAGUUUUGGCCUGAGCUCCCACCUCAUCAGACACCAGAGGACACACACAGGGGAGAAGCCGUACAGGUGUUCUGAGUGCUGGAAGACGUUCAGCCAGAGCUCCACCUUGGUGAUCCACCAGCGCACACACACAGGGGAGAAGCCGUAUAAGUGUCCCGAGUGCGGCGAGUGCUUCAGCCAGAGCUUUAACCUUAUCAGGCACCGGAGGACGCACAGGGGAGAGAAACCCUACAGAUGUGCUGACUGUGACAAGUGCUUCAGCAGAGGUGCCUACCUGAGCCAGCAUCGGAAAAUCCACCUCGGGAAGGCUUCUGCCUCGCCCGGAGCCGGGCGUCUCCCUCAGGCGUGGGCUUGGAAAAACUGCCCGGCGGGGAUGGCCCUCCUCCCCUCAUUUUCCGUCUUGAAUUCAUCUUCCUGAGUCUGCUGGUGGUGUUUUCUCAGUGCCCCUUAUUGCAAGGCGUUCUGCGAUCAUUGUACUGUAAGGUUUCUUUGGUGUUUCUGCCGAAACCUCUGGAAAAAGUCAGCCCCCCGGGUUAGAGGAUGGGAGGGCUCCGAUCAUGAGGUUGUUGGAGUCUUCCAGUGAGAGACACUGCCAAGGGCGAAGAGAAAGGGGGUGGGUUGUUUUUUUACCGUAAGAUAGGAGUAGCUUUAAGGGAGACUGGAGUGUUCCUGGAGUAAUUGAAAGGAUCUGUGAGAAUUUGGACCUGGAAUUGCUACUGAGUUAUCCUGCUUUCCCUUGUCUUUUUAAGUGGAAAUAGAUCAUUGCUGGCCGUAGGGGUUUGCCCAGAGAAAGGGUCUUUUUGAACAAAUAUGAAUUUCUGCCUGUUCUGUGUGUCAUAAGAGAAAGAUUUAACUUUUGUAAAUGUAUUUUUAUUAAAUAAAAAUUAACUUUGUAGCAGAUAGAACUGCACGGUCUAAUACUGUAGCUUCUGAUUUAAAUUUAAAAUUAAGUGAAAUCUAAAAUCCUAUUCCAUAAUCACUUUAGCCACACUUGCUAAGUUCUCAUAGCCACUUGUGACUAGUGGCUGCUGUAUUGGGUAUCUUUAUAGAAAGUUCUUUCUUUUUUUGAAAAAGAUUUUAUUUUUAUUUAUUUGAGAGGUAGAGUCACAGACAGAGGGAGAGACAGAAAGGUCUUCUCUCCACUGGUUCACUCCCCAAAUGGCAUCAACGGCUGGAGCUGCACUGAUCUGAAGCCAGGAGCCUCCUCCGGGUCUCCCACAUGGGUGCAGGGGCCCAAGCACCUGGACCAUCUUCCACUGCUUUCCCAGGCCAUAGCAGAGAGCUGGUUCAGAAGAGGAGCAGCCGGGGCCAGAACCGGCACCCAUAUGGAAUGCUGGCACGGAAGGUGGCGGCUUUACCCACCACGCCACAGUGCAGGCCCCUCUUUCUUUAUUUUUUUUUAAUUUAUUUUUUUAUUUUAUUUUUUGACAGGCAGAGUGGACAGUGAGAGACAGAGACAGAGAGAAAGGUCUUCCUUUGCCGUUGGUUCACCCUCCAAUGGCCGCCGCGGCCGGCACGCUGCGGCCGGCGCACCGUGCUGAUCCGAUGGCAGGAGCCAGGAGCCAGGUGCUUUUCCUGGUCUCCCAUGGGGUGCAGGGCCCAAGCACCUGGGCCAUCCUCCACUGCACUCCCUGGCCACAGCAGAGAGCUGGCCUGGAAGAGGGGCAACCGGGACAGAAUCCGGUGCCCCAACCGGGACUAGAACCCGGUGUGCCGGCGCCGCAAGGCGGAGGAUUAGCCUAGUGAGCCGCGGCGCCAGCCUCUUUUUUUUUUUUUUUUUUAAUAUUUUAUUUAUUUUUAUUUGAGAGGUAGAGUUACAGACAGUGAGAGGAAGAGACAGAGAGAAAGGUCUUUCUUUCGUUGGUUCACUCCCCAAAUGGCAGCAACAGCUGGAGCUGCGCCAACCCAAAGCCAAGAGCCAGGCAUCUCCUCCUGGUCUCCCAUGUGGGUGCAGAGACCCAAGAACUUGGGCCAUCCUCCACUGCUUUCCCAGGCCACAGCAGAGAGCAGGAUGGGAAGAGGAGCAGCUGGGACUAGAACUGGCACCCAUAUGGGAUGCUGGCGCCACAGGUGGAGGAUUAACCUACUGUGCCAUGGUGCUGGCCCCAGUUCUUUAUUUCAAAAUCAUCAUUUUUGACAGCCUCAAAUAUUUCUUGAAAGACUCUAGAAAUUUGUCCCAGCAUUUUUGCCAUCCAAAAGGAAUUGUAAUACAAACUAGAAAUGGGGUAGAGUUUUGAAGGCACUGGGUUGAGAGAUUGGAUACAUGUUGUACUUUAUAUGUUCAACCAACUACAUUAUCUAGUGAUGUGGUCUCAUUGCUUGGUCAAAGCCAGGAUACGAGGUAGGAUUCCUGAAUUCUGUUUUUUUUUAAAUAAUAGAAGGUUUUUUUUUUUUAAUUUAUUUAUUUUUUUGAUAGGCAGAGUGGACAGUGAGAGAGAGACGGAGAGAGAAAGGUCUUCCUUUGCCGUUGGUUCACCCUCCAAUGGCCGCCGCUGCAGCCGGCGCACCGCGCUGAUCCGAUGGCAGGAGCCAGGAUCCAGGUGCUUUUCCUGGUCUCCCAUGGGGUGCAGGGCCCAAGCACCUGGGCCAUCCUCCACUGCACUCCCUGGCCAUAGCAGAGAGCUGGCCUGGAAGAGGGGCAACCGGGACAGAAUCCGGCGCCCCGACCGGGACUAGAACCCGGUAUGCCGGCGCCGCAAGGUGGAGGAUUAGCCUAUUGAGCCACGGCGCCGGCUUGAAUUCUGUUUUUAAGUUUGACAAAGAGCCCCCCCCAACCUUCCCCCGCCGCCGCUGCCAGUUUUGACUUUACAUAAUCCUUAGUUCAGUAACUGGGUUCUCUUUUUAAUAUUUAGCCCACAAUUGUGAGCCAGCCUCCAAGGACAGUCUGCCUUUGGACACUGAUAUCCCCUAGCGUCAGUAUCUGCAGUUUUCCUUUGUCUCUCUCUCUCUCUCUUUUUUUUUUUUUUUUAACAGGCAGAGUGGACAGUGAGAGAGAGAGAUAGAGAGAAAGGUCUUCCUUUGCCGUUGGUUCACCCUCCAAUGGCCACCGCGGCCGGCUUACCGCGCUGAUCCAAUGGCAGGAGCCAGGUGCUUCUCCUGGUCUCCCAUGGGGUGCAGGGCCCAAGCACUUGGGCCAUCCUCCACUGCACUCCCGGGCCACAGGAGAGAGCUGGCCUGAAAGAGGAGCAACCGGGACAGAAUCCGGCGCCCUGACUGGGACUAGAACCCGGUGUGCAGGUGCCGCAAGGCGGAGGAUUAGCCUAGUGAGCCGCGGCGCCGGCUUCCUGUCUCUUGAUGGUCCUGCCCAAUGGAUCUGGCCAGUGGAUAACCGAGAAUCACCUUCCUGGCCCAACUGCCCCAUGAGAAUGAUGCUUUGCAAAGAAAGCACUGGAUAUAUCCUAUUCUCCCUUCCCAUUUUUUUCCGACUUGUGCAAAGGUGGGUGUGUCGGGAGCUCAGGACUCAUAAGCUACCCAGGAUUUCAUCUUAUGUAUUUAGAAUGUGGAGCCAGGUAGGGCUAACUGUGGCUGCAGCAAAGGGCUAUAGCUGGCAGAUAAUUGAAUUGCGUGGGGAUCAUUUCAUGACUGUGGUGCCCUUGAAACUGAUGAGGCAUUGUGCAUUUUUGUAUUGUAACAUGGCUAGAAACUAAAGCAAAAGCUAACAAAUAAAGGUAUUUAAGAAGUA